UGCGCCCCCAAAUUUUUCAACAUCUCCACACUUAAAGUAGAAUUUAAACAUACAUGUAAACCGUGGGAAAUGAUGAAGUACUAUUAGUAAUAAUUGGAGCGUAUUUAAAGACUACAUUAUCCUCCACAUUGUGUCAAUUGAACAAUUUUUUUUGUUAAUUUGUUCUUUAUUCAUUAAUCAUUAAUCAAUUGAAAAUUAUAUUAUGACUGAAAUUUACUUAGUUACCGGUGGUACAGGAUAUGUUGGAUCGUUUGUUGUCCUUCAACUUUUAGAAGCAGGUAAGACUGUUAAAACAACAAUUAGAAAUUUGGCUAAGGAAGCUCAAUUCCGUAAGUCAUUAGUUGAUAGUAGUGAAAAAUUAACUACCAAGGAUGUUGAAACUCAAUUGACUGUUUAUAAGGCAGAUUUAUUAUCUGAUGAUGGAUGGGAAGAAGCAUUUAAGGAUGUCACAUAUGUUCUUCAUGUUGCAUCUCCAUUUCCAUCAUCAGUUCCAAGCGAUCCACAAGUUUUAAUUAAACCAGCCAAAGAAGGAACUUUAAGAAUUUUAAAAUGGGCUAAAGCAACUCCAACCGUCAAACAUGUAGUAAUUACUUCAUCAUUUGCAGCUAUUGGAUUUGGAUUCCCUGAUGAUAGAACAACUCCAUAUUCUGAAAAAGAUUGGACAGUGGUUGAAAAUGUUCAACAUUCUCCUUAUGUUGUUCUGAAGACACUUGCAGAACAAUCAGCAUGGUAUUUUGCUAAAAAUGAAGAUGUUAAAUACGGAUUAAGUGUGAUCAAUCCGGCAUUGAUCAUUGGUCCAUCUUUGAAGGGUCAAGUAACAGAUUCUACCAGUUUAUUUAGAAUUAAGAGUUUAGUUGAUGGAUCUCUUAAAGAUGGUGUAGCUCCAUCAUCUACUCAUUUGGUUGAUGUAAGAGAUAUAGCUAAAUUACAUAUUGAAGCUUUAACUAAUCCAAAAGCUAAUGGAGAAAGAUUCUUAGCUCAUUCUGGUCCAAAUCUUUCAUUUUUAGAAGCUGGUGAAAUCUUAAGAAAAUCCAAUAUUCCAGAAUCUUUAAAGAAGAAUAUACCUACUAAAGAAUUAGAAGGAGCAAAGCAAAGUGCUAAACCUUGUGAUAUUUCAAAGGCUAAGGCUGCAUUCGAUUGGACACCAAUUCCAAAUGAAGUUUCAUUAGUAGCAACGGUUGAAGGAUUAAUUGCUGAUGGACAAUUAAAGGUUUAAAAAUUAUAGGAGAAGGUAAUUAUAUUAUAAAACAGUUAC